AGCAGAGCCCACCUUACGUUCAUGUCCCUGAGCCAGCACAGAAAAGCCUCAGAUACUCGUCUCUUGGCAAGAACAGUGUGACCUGACUGCCAUCAAAAGUGAAGCAAAACAGAACUAGCCAGACACAGAAGAGUGUGAAAGAGAGACGGAGAGAGAGGGAGGCAGACAUGAAGCUCAUCCUGCUACUGCUGCUGUGUGUGGGACCCUCACUUGGCUUAAUCAGGGUCAGUCUUAAGAAACAUCGGUCCAUCAGGCAGCAACUGCGAGAAGCAGACAGGCUAGACGAGUUCCUGAAGGAGCAUCAUCCAGAACGAGUGGAGCAGAGAUACUCUGUGUGCUUCCCAGGUCAUGUUUUCCAGGAGCUGGCCAGGACUGGAGUGGAGAGGCUGUCAAACUACAUGGAUGCCCAGUAUUUUGGGGAAAUCAGCAUUGGGACGCCACCACAGAAUUUCACCGUGGUCUUCGACACCGGCUCCUCCAACCUCUGGGUUCCAUCUGCCUACUGCAUCAGCGAGGCCUGCAGUGAACAUCACAAGUUCAAGUCCUUCAAGUCCUCCACCUACACAAAUGCCCAGAAAACCUUUGCCAUCCGCUAUGGAUCUGGACGGCUGAUGGGAGUCCUUGGAAAAGAUCUCUUGACGAUUAAUGAUGUCUCUGUCUCGGAUCAGGGCUUCGGUGAAUCUGUCUUUGAACCAGGUUACACCUUUGCCCUGGCACAGUUUGAUGGCGUGCUUGGUUUAGGCUACCCUUCGCUGGCAGAGGGCAGCGUACUUCCCGUGUUUGAUAAACUCAUGGAGGAGAAGCAGGUGAAGAAGCCGGUGUUCUCAUUCUACCUGAGCAGAGGACAGAACCAGCCGCUGGGUGGAGAGCUGCUGCUGGGGGGUGUGGACCACUCAUUCUACAGAGGACACAUUAACUGGGUACCAUUGACAGACAAGGGCUACUGGCAGAUCAAAGUGGACAACAUCAAGGUCCAGGGAGCCGAUGCUUUCUGUGCCAAUACCUGCCAGGCCAUAGUUGACACUGGGACGUCUCUCAUCACAGGACCCACAACUGAGAUCGCUAAACUCCACGGGUAUAUCGGAGCUGUUCCCAGUCAGCGGGGAGAGUAUUUGGUUGACUGCAGCCGACUAUCCAGUUUGCCCAACGUGGAGAUUUUUAUUGAAGGAGUUGAAUACAAGCUCUCGGCCGACAUGUACGUCAGGAAGGAAACCAUAGGGCAGCGAGAGCUCUGCUUCAGUGGCUUUCAAGCUCUCGACAUCUCAAGCAAGAUGGGGCCAAUCUGGAUCCUGGGAGAUGUUUUUAUAUCAGAAUUUUACAGCAUCUUUGAUCGUGGAAAUGACAGGGUGGGUUUUGCAAAAGCCCACUUCAUUGAAAAAAAGUAGGAACUACUUAAUCACGAAAAUAUUAAGAUGGAAUCACAAGUACAAUCAGUAGCCUUCAGAAUAUCAAUUCAAGUUCUUCACUUUUCGCUAGCACCCCAUGGCUACAGUCACCUGCUGAGAUUUCUUCUUGGCUGGUGGGCCAGUGCAGUAUGAUGGUAACUACUGGCUCUGCCGGUCUUCCUGGCCCAGUCAUCAACUGUGGAGCAUUUUCUUCACGGUUGCCUCAGAUGUCUCCCCCCCAUUCCAGUAUCAUGCCUGCAAGUUCAAUUACUUAACAUAAAUACUCCCAGUAUGAGAGUGUAGCUGCAUGUUUGAUGACAUGCUGGCCAGCUCAAUUACAUACAAGGUAGCAUAUGCAUGGAUGCCUUACCCUUAACACUGUUUGAGCAAGAUCAGACUCCCCGGGGCCUUCUAAAGGAAAAUGAUGGAUGGGUUGAGAGAUGAACAAGGUCCUGAGAAUAGGAGGAUAGGAUUUAAGGAGCAUGACCUCCCUCCAGCAACCAAGUGGCAUGCUACCUAAAUGCUACGAUUGAUCCAUAAGGGUGGUAAAAUAACACAAGGGAGUUGGCAUAACAUUCUCACAGAUGUCCACCUUUCUAUUUAACUUCAGGUCUUUGAGAUUUAUCACUACCUGGAUCCAGAAGGUUGUAGGAAUGCUGACACUACUCUCCUAAAGGCAUGUCCAGCCCUAAAUAUAAACCAGGGCCAGCCCCACCGGCUCAGAGACCUGAACUUUAAUGUGACCUCUUGUCAUAUCCCGUUUAGCUGGGUUGGUGACCUUUAAGAGCCCCUAGGGUGAGUUGCUUUCCAGUAACAGAGUGUUCCUUUUCAAAUCCCUCUUCUGACCUAAAGAUACUCAAAUAAAGCCCAAUGUAAUUUCUGGCUCCAUGGCUCCUUCUAGAGUGUUUGCAGUGUUUGUUGUAUAUUAGGAAUCACCUCAAGGAGAGCAGUGAUGGUGAAGAGGCGUCUCUACUGGGCUUCCUCCCUCAGUCCAAAGACAUGCAGGUCAGGUGAACUGGUGAUACUCAAUUGGCCCGCGUGUGUGGUUCAUCUUGUGAUGGACUGGCGCGCUGUCCAGGGUUUGUUUCUGCCUUGUGCCCUAUGCUGGUUGGGAUACGCUCCAGCAGACCUCCCCACAACCCUGUUCAGGACUAAGCAGUUCAGAAAAUGGCUGACUGACUGACUAUACAGUAUUUCUCUGGCUUCUUUCUAUUAUUGGCACAAACAUUGUAAUUGUUAGUCCAUUAAAAAUGAUUUUAUCUUUCAAUAAAUGUUCUUUCCCAGCUUUA